CAAAGUCCAACCAAAAUAAUAUUUUGAAGGGGAAUUAUCCAGUUUUUGAAUUUCUAGGGGGGGAAAUAUGAAAAUGAGAAAUUUGUAGGGGUUGAAGUGCAAUUUGUCCUAAAAAGAGAGAAGAAUAAAGAGAUUGAGAAGAGGAUUCAAAUCAAACACUCGAAAUGAAUUAUGCGAGUAACCAAACACCACCUCUUUCUUUCAUUUCCCCGCCAUCUCAUUCCAAGGCUUCACUUCUCAACCUCCGCAGAAUCGCCGCCGCCGCCGCCGCCGCUGCUCACCAAGAAAGCAUGCAUCGACCUGUUGAAGAGCUGCAAAUCGGUACAUUCUCUCAAGCAAAUCCAAGCCCACCUCUUCACCCAUGGGCUCCACCAAAACAUCGACGUUCUGCACAAGCUCAUGGUCUUCGCUGCAGGCGCAAACUUAGCCCACGCCGAGAAAAUAUUCGCUCGGAUUGAUCGCCCGACUUUGUUCAUCUACAAUGUGAUGAUCAAGGCUCAUGCGAUUUCCGUUUCCGGUAAUUGCAGCAGAGCCCUCUCCCUGUUUGAUGAAAUGCGCGUGAGGGGUUUGUGCCCCGAUAAUUACACGUACCCUUUUGUGUUUAAGGCCGUCAGCCGGUUGAGGGUGGUUCUUGAAGGGGAAAAGAUUCACGGGUUUGCGUUGAAAAGUGGGGUUUUGUGUGAUUGUUAUGUUUGCAAUUCGGUUCUUGAUAUGUAUGGGGCGUUGGGCUGUGUGGAGAGCUUGUCUAAAGUGUUCGACGAAAUGCCCGAAAGAGAAUCGAUUUCGUGGACCCUCCUGAUUUCCGGGUUUUUGAAGAGUAAGAGGUUUGAAGAUGCUAUUGGUGUUUAUCGGAGGAUGAGACGAGAGGCAAAUGUGCAACCCGAUGAGGCUACAGUUGUCAGCACUUUAUCGGCUUGUACAGCGUUAAAGAGUUUGGAUCUCGGCCGUGAAAUUCACGAGUACGUGAAUAUGCAGUUGGGGUUUACAGUGAUCAUCGGAAAUGCUCUGCUGGAUAUGUAUGCCAAGUGUGGGUGCUUAGAUAUUGCUAGGGGAAUAUUCGAUGCUAUGCAAGAAAAGAACGUUAUUUGUUGGACUAGUAUGGUAUCGGCGUACGUUCGAUCCGGUCUUUUGGAUGAGGCUAGGGCAUUGUUUGAGAGAAGUCCCGCGAGAGAUCUUGUUCUAUGGACAACCAUGAUUAAUGGAUACGUACAGUUCAACAAAGUUGACGAGGCGUUGACCUUGUUUAGGUACAUGCAAAUGGAUGGAGUUAAGCCAGACAAGUAUACUCUCGUUUCCUUACUCACUGGAUGCGCCCAAUUGGGAGCACUCGAGCAAGGCGAAUGGAUCCACUCUUACUUGGAGGAAAACGGAAUACCCGUCGAUGCUGUGGUCGGUACUGCACUUAUAGAGAUGUACGCAAAAUGUGGUUGCGUAGAUAAAUCAUUGCGUAUUUUUAACCAAUUGAAGUAUAAAGAUACAGCAUCAUGGACUUCAAUAAUAUGCGGCUCUCGCUAUGAACGGAAAUACAUCCACGGCUCUGCAAUUGUUUCCGAAAUGACACGAGCCGGGAUAAAACCAGACGAUAUCACCUUUAUCGGCGUUUUAAGUGCUUGUAGUCACGGAGGGCUAGUAGAGGAAGGGCGUAGGCAUUUCAAUUCCAUGGCUGAGUUUUAUCGAAUCGAGCCGAAGCUGGAGCAUUAUGGUUGUCUGAUAGACCUUCUUGGUCGAGCCGGACUUUUGGAUGAAGCCGAGGAUGUAAUAAAUAAGGUUACGGAUAAGGAUAACGAGAUUAUUGUCCCACUUUACGGUGCUUUGCUGAGUGCAUGCAGGAACUAUGAAAAUAUCGGUAUGGGUGAGCGUAUUGCGAAACGGCUUUUGGAGAUCGAGGCAAGCGAUUCGAGCGGUCGUACGCUUUUGGCUAAUAUUUAUGCAGCUGCGAACAGAUGGGAAGAUGUAAGAAAAGUUAGAAGGAAAAUGACUAUGUUCGGGACUAAGAAGUCGCCUGGGUGCAGUUUGCUUGAAAUUGAUAAUGUCGGCUAAUUCGUGGUCCGGAUAUCAACUCUGGUUGCAAGUAAGCGUUUAGUUUUAAUUAUGUUAGAGAGCAUUCGGUCUCGUUUGUUAGAUUACCUGUGUUGAAUGAAGUGACUAUUGGAAUUUCUUGUGUUCGGUU